UUGCGAAAAUGUACCCAAAAACUAACGGUCGUAGAAAUAGUAUGCAAUACGUUCGGUAAACUUUUUAACUCACUCGGUUAUCAAAUGCCGUUUACCGGACUUGUUGCAUAAUAUACUAUUAUUCUUGUAAUUUAGUAUGUUCCCCACUCUUACUUAAUAGUUCUUUUGUUAUAGUGGUAGUUUACACAGUUUACACCAUUACAUUGUGUAUGGUGUAAUGUGUUAAUAAGGGUAGAAUGAAAAACUACUGACGUCGAUGUUGGCGAUGUUUGAGAUGGAUACAUAACCCAAGGAAAAUAACAACAUACAUAACCGUUAGUGUUGGUCAGUGGUAUUAUAAAAUAGGUUCCGAUCAUCUGACAGUCAAAUGUCCGCUUGCGAUCACAGUCUUCUUGUUGGGCCGAAUAAAGUUGGGACAAAUAGCCUUUUUUUAUCUGAUUUGGACCAAACGAAAUAUCGUUUCGACAUAAGGGUGGGGUCUGGAUUCACUAGUUACGUUACAUUAUACAACCAUUAACACAAAGUUAAAGAUCGACUCAUUAGAGAAGACGUAUCCAGGGAACUUGGCCGAAUCAUCCCAGCGAUGUUGAUUUCUAGAAAUAGAGAAGGAGAACAGGGCUCUAAACAAUCACAAGAAGAAGAACACUUGACCAAUACUCCACAUUCUAAAUGAAUAAACGAACACCCUAGACGAAAAUAUUAGCUUGAAUAAACUGCUGUAUUAUUAAACAGAAAAGUUGAUGGUUGAAAUAACAGCAUAUUUCCAAAAUGGCAGCCGUUCUUAAAAAAAGAGCACUAGCCGAAUACAGUCAGACUAUCAUCCAGGACUCGUCAACCCCUGUACCGAUCAAGAAACUAAAACUUGUUAAGAAACCAUUGCAGGGUUUUGGAAAUUCACUUUUAUCUCUUAUAAGCCAUUUGGAAGAAUGUAAAGAAAGUAUUGAUGCUUUAAAGCUAUUACUCAGCGCUAGUGACGGCUAUCAAUUUGAAGUGACUGAUAUACCUGAAAUUACUAAAAAACUAAGUGAAUACUUUAAGAAUGAACCGGAAUCUGUAGUAAGGGUAAAGAUAUUGAUGUUGUUAUGUGACAUUGGACAUGAAAAUCCUUCAGAAAGUGUAACCAUUAUUGAUGAAAUAAUUUUAUUGUUGAAAAAUGAUCACUCACAUAAAGUAAUUGCUCAAGGGAUGACGGCAAUAUUAAAACUGGGUAAAUUAGUAUCAGAUCAAGCAAUAGUGUUUCAUCAGAAACUGGUUGAUAUUGCCAAAAAUUAUUUAAAGGAUGCAAAUCAUGCAGUGAAGUGCAGAUGUUUAGAAAUAAUAGGAGUUCAUACUCCUUUAUGUUCAUUGUCAGACUCUGAGGGUUUGUUGCAUCUCAUUAGUUCUUACUUCGAUAAUGAUGAUGCGCGGGUCAGAAGUCAAGCUUUUGGAACAGUAAUAUGUCUACAUGAUAGAGGUUUCAAAAUUAAUCCAAUAAUUUAUGGUUUUGUGUCUGAUGCUCUUAAAGAUGAUUAUGAAAUUGUCAGGCGCAUGGCGAUCAAGCUAAUUUGGAUUUUGGGCAAUAUUUAUCCGGAAAAUGAAAUUUUGGUAGAAGGUAGCGAUCAUGAAAUUAGACUAAUUGAUGAUGCGUUUGGAAAAAUUUGUAACGGUGUUACUGAUUUAUCAAUACAUGUCCGAAUUUUAGCAGCCAAACUCCUUGGUUCAAUGAAACUCGUCAGUGACAAGUUCUUGGUGCAAACCCUUGACAAAAAAUUAAUGUCUAAUAUGAGGAGGAAGAGAACAGCACACGAAUUAGCUUGGGAAAAUGUAACAAGUGGUGAGUGGGCAAGCGGAAAAAAAUGGGCGGAUGAUGCUCCUAAAGAAGUUCUAGAUGCCGAGAGCAUCAGUUUAAUUACAAGUGGAUCUUGUGGAGCUUUUGUGCAUGGACUUGAAGAUGAAUUUUUAGAGGUGAGAUCCGCAGCAGUAGAAUCAUUAUGUCAGCUUUCAAUUGUAAAUCCCCAGUUUGCAAACCUCUCACUCGAUUUUAUGGUGGAUAUGUUUAAUGAUGAAAUAGAAGAUGUUAGGUUGAAGGCUAUCGAUAGCUUAAGAAUGAUUUCUGAGCAUAUUAUUUUGAGAGAUGAUCAGCUCGAGACUAUUUUGGGGGCUUUGGAAGACUUUUCUCAGGAUGUUCGGGAGGGUCUGCACAGAAUGUUGGCAGCGUGUCGAAUGUCAACUACAGCUGGUUUGAAAAUGUGUGUCGAAAAAUUAUUAGAUAACCUCAAAAAGUAUCCCCAAGACAGAAAAUCUACAUACAAAUGUUUACAAUGCAUUGGAGCCAAACAUCCCGCCCUUGUGUUGCCACUUGUCCCACAGUUUUUAAACAUCCAUCCGUUUUUUGAUAUGGCAGAACCCGACGUUGAAAAUCCACACUAUAUUUGUUUACUUAUUUUGAUUCUCAAUGCCGCAAAACAUUCUCUAACAAUAAUUCCAUUGUUGGAGCCACACACACUAAGACAUUACGCAUAUCUAAGGGAUACAAUGCCUCAAUUUGUUCCACAGUUGAGUUUGCCAGACUCAAGUGGCACUGUUAUUGCUAAGCAGCUGUCUGUGCCUGAAAGUCUUGCUUUUUUAAAUAAUAUUAUUAGCAAUUUGGACAUGGCUGAAAAUAUCUCCAGGGUUCAUUCCUCAUUACUCCAGAACGCUAUGGAACAUUUAAAUCGUUUGAGCGACAUGGACUCAAGCGUUUCCGGAACCGCGCAGUUUACCGCCCUAUAUAUCGGCGCACAGCUACAAAUAUCCCAGAUACUUGACCGGGGAUUCUGGGUGAACCCCGCAACCCUGGCGACACAACAGCUUAAUACCCUAAAAACAAACAUACAGAAUCUCUUGGAGUAUUGUCUAAAAUUGCAGUUCUUCUUUGUUGGGCUAAGUCAUAUGGAGCAGUGUGCUGUUAAACAGUUUAGACUCAGGGUAUUGGCUUUGAAUUUGGUGUUUAUAGUUAAGGGGAGUAAUGCCUCUGCUUUGGCUCCUUGCCACCAUUUUUUAAUCGCAGUGGAGGAGAUGCAGAAAGAUUUAAACCAGGCAAACUUGCAGCCUGAUGCUUUCACAUCAAUGGUGUUCAAAGAACUGUCACAAUUAGAGGAGCCAAAACCUGGUGCUGUAGCUAGGAUUUUAACGCCAAUUCUUCAGGAGUCCAAAUUAGGGAAAAUACCUAGACCCAACAUUAAUAUUCGAAUGAGUUCUGUAACCAUACUUGAACCAAGCGGACAAACAGAUACUUCUUUAAAGUUUACUGCUGGGUUGAUCAUGUCAGUUCCUUUUGAAGCUGAGUUGAGGUACCUGAUUGAUCCCAAUAGGAUCAGAUUAAAGAUUAAAUACCCUGAUCAGCGGACACAAAUUAUUUUACCUAGACCCGCUCAUUUAAAACCACUCUAUUAUGACACCAGCAAUUCAGAAUCUGGCAUUGGUCAUAAUAUUCGUCUACUAACAUCUGUGCUAAUUUCGCACCAGGUGUGGUCGGAAGCUUGUAACGUGGAUAUAAAUGUAGCCAUUUGCGUUCCAGAGGCUGAUAUAGGAAGAAGAAAGUCGAGUAUCGACGCUAACCCUACGUUAUUAGAUCUUUGUAAACCUGUAAAAGUUAGCGUUGCACCGAAACCAAUUAAGAAAGCUUUGUAA